GAGCACUGUCCUCCUGUGACUGGGCUUUGGGCUGGCUUUGAUCCAGCAGGCAGACUCUAUAAAACCCCAAGAGCUAUAAGACAGAGGCAAAAAAAGAGAGCUUCACUGUGCACUUUGUGAGAGAGAACAGGACUGUAACAACUUGUUAAAAUGUGCAAAGGAUUAGCAGCUUUACCCCAGACAUGUCUGGAAAGGGCUAAGGAGAUCAAGUUUAAAUUGGGGACACUCCUCCAAAAACCUGAAAAUGCCAUUGACCUUAUUAUCCCUUACCCAGAAAAGCCUGAGAAGAAGCCAGAGAAGUUUCAGAAACCAUCACCAGAAGAAGCGCUGCAGUGGCGUGAAUCCCUGGAUAAAGUGUUACUCAACAACUAUGGUCUGGCCACUUUCAGGAGCUUCCUGAGGUCUGAGUUCAGUGAGGAGAACAUCGAGUUCUGGAUGGCCUGUGAGGACUACAAAAAGACCAAGUCCCCAGUGAAACUGGCCUCCAAGGCUAAAAAGAUCUAUGAGGAGUUUAUUCUGAAAGACGCUCCUAAAGAGGUGAACAUUGACCAUUUCACCAAAGAUGUGACCAUCAGGAACCUUGUGGAGCCUUCACAGACCAGUUUUGAACUGGCCCAGAAGAGGAUCCAUGCCCUUAUGGAGAAGGACUCAUUUGGCAGGUUUUUGCGGUCAGAGCAAUAUCAGGAACUGAUAUAGCAAUGUGGUUGGGCUGUGUAAAGCAUCUCAUCUUCCAAAUCUCAGUAAACUUUUCUUAACAUCUCUGACUUCAAACAAAUUCCGUUAUAAUGAAGUGUAAUAAUUUGGUUUCUAGGUUGUUUAUCCAACUAUUUAAAAGCCACUGUUUCCUAUCAUUUGAGAUUUGUUCCAGGUUUGCGUAACACACAAAUAGUUUUCUUAAUACUAACUCACAAAAUGAAAUAAUGUACACAACAAGCCUAAUCUUUAAACAGGAAUAACUAAACAGUGGCCUAGGUAGACAAGAUGUAGCAUUUCAGUGGUCUGACAGCUGAAGUGUACAGCUAUGGCCAAAAGUUUAACAUCACCUAAAAUUUUAGGAUUGAGACAUAAUUAAAAAAAAAAACUUUGAACUUAAUUUAGACCUUUUAUUUAACAUCAUGUAAUCAAAGAAACUACAAAAUUCUAUCGCAAAAGUCUACCGGAAUCCAUAAUAACAGUACAGUAUUUCAUGUUAGAUUUACAAAUAGUACAUAAUUCAAUUGAGACAUGGCAAGGAAUAUGGCCCAAAAAUAUGGAUAGAUAACCUUAAUCUACAACCCGUGUUGAUUCUUUACAGCCUUUUCCAACUUGCUUCAAGAUGGCUUUACACAGCCCACAGAAUAUCGCAAACGAGCUGUUAAGCAAACAGUGCAUUGCUGUUAACCUUGGCCUUCCAUAUAAUACGUGUUUGUCAGUUUCCCUUAAGUACUGUAGUAGUUAUACUAAGUAAUGUGUAUAAAGCAUAAUAUGUGUACAUCAUCAAAAAUAUAGAUUUUCCUGUUUUUCAAAAAUUCUGUUUGAAUUAUACAAUAAAACAAUAUUGUCAAAAUCCCUUCAUAAACAAGCUUAAUGCUUCUGAAGAUCUAGUUCAGGAAUGGCAUGGUAACCAUUUUAAAGAGUCAGCAUUCUACAAAACCUGUUCUAAUGCACGAUUCACCUCUUAACUUAACAACUGUCAGGUGUUCUAUUAUAUAUUCCAGACACAGUGUUUAGGUUACAAAACAUCUUACAUGUUUACAGAAUUGGUUGCCCUUUAUUCAAAAGGAACUGGUGUUAAACAAUGCCCCUCAUUCUUAAUAGAUACACUUAACAUUUGAAAGGUUGUGUUGGGGAGGAUGUAUGGUAAAUGCAAUUCCUAUUUCAUCUUUGGGAAACUCACUUAAAAGAUUCUAAUGCAAUACUAAAGCAAUCAGCUGCAUACCAAGAAAAACUGAACUUUGUAAAGUUCAGGAAGCCUCACAGUAAACAGACAAGUUCGAAUUACCUUUUCAAUUUAUAGCACCAGCAAACUAAGCCUCCACUCCAUGCCAGUACUAUGCCUGAGAAAGUUUCAGAUUUCCUUUGCGGAUAUGCUAAGUAGUUUCACAAUCACCACUAAAGCUCAAGUGGAUAUGUUGGGAAGAUUGAGUAGGAGUGGAACUAAAUCAAAAUUGUACUUGUCCGUUGAAGUUUAUCCUUUAAAGUGAUAAAUGAUGAGUGUGCAAUCCAGGCUCAGUUCCAAAUCCUUCCAAAUCCUUUAUUUACAGGUAAUGAAAUGCAUUCUGCUCCAAAUUACAAUAAUGAUUAAGUAGGGAUGUAACAUUACCCACAUAGUUUAGGAUUAAUCAAACAUGUUUCUAAUAAUAGAUAUGACCACAUUAGGCUACAGUCCAGUUCACAUGUGUUGGCUUAAUUUCAGUACAUAAACAACUAUUUGUCUUAAGUAAAUCUCAAAAUUUAAAUGCUGUUGCAAUCAUCCAUUUUCUUGCACAGUCGACUGAGGGCGUUAAACCUCUGGGCCUUGUUGCUGUUGUUAAAGAAGCACAGACAUGUUUUAUGAAUAUCAGACAUUUGCUAAAAUAUUUAUGAGUUCAAUUUUUGUGAAGGGUUCCCGAGUGGCUCACCUGGUAAAAGCACAGACAUGUGGUGUGCCGGGUGAGUCAUACAGCGCAUGUUCGCUGGGGAUUCCCAAGGGCACGUCACAUUGGCUCUGGUGCUCCCAUGGGUUAGGGAAACAUAACCAGGAAGGACUGUUUCUCUGCAUCGCGCUACAGCGAACCCUGCUGGCCAGGCGCCCAAUGAGCUCAAAAGCGGACACCUGCAGGGCUGGCCUUUGUCCUCCAGAGGUUGGUAGCUUGCUGAUAUCCGCUCUCAAGUUACUGGGUGUAAAAGAGGAAGCUGUCUCGGUGGUGGGAUCAGAGGACGUCCACUGAACCUUCAAAUUGGAGAGAAAAUGGGGGUAAAAUUGGGCACACUAAAUUUUAAAAAUGUAUAAUAAUUGUUGUGAACAGGGCCUUUGUGAAUGGGGUGGUGAUCUAUCUGUGGAAUAAAUCUUUAUGCCAUUGACUGCUAUUUUAACAAACACACUUAUAUAUACCUUUUUUAGUGUAUUGCACACUUAAAAAAUAUAAUAUGACAAAUGUCAAUUAAAAAAAUGCUUACAGUACUUAAUGCCUAUUAACACAUAUCUUUAUGUCAAGAAAAUAAACAUUUCAGUUCUUUAUUUCUUUCUUUCACUGUUUUACCAAUAUAUAAUAUACAUGUAUGUUAACCUAUGUAUUAAAUAUACUAUGUUAUGCAUGUGUCUUUUUUCUUAUUAUUGCACAAGGUAUAAAUCAAACUUAAAACAUAGCAUUGACAUCAAUUAAGUGCUUAUUGCCAUCCCAUUAAAAAAAUAAACACUGCAGGUCAGAAAUUUAAAUUGUAGAAGAUGCAGUUAUUUGACAACCCCAAAAGAUUGCAUUAUAAUUGGAAUGCACCCAAAAGAAAAACAUGUAAAUGUCUAAUUAUGUAAUCCCAUUAAAAGGCAAUAGUAUUUCAGAAGACAAAGACAAUUAAAAUCAAUUCUUAAAAUACAAAAAUAAUAGUGCCCUGACCAUAUUGCUUCCCUUUUGGAAUCAAAACCAUCCCUCAAGACAAUAAAUGCAAUUAAGGGCUUAUUGGGUCAAUGCUGAAACUAUAUGACACCAUAUGCAUGUAAUUUGUAUUAUAGUCAACAAUAUAAAGAUGCAUUAAUACCA